UUUGAGGUACGGCUCAUGGAAAGAUGCUGGAAGCCGGUUUGCUGAGUAGUUGGCUCAGGGUUUUCACUGCCAUGAAGGGACACUGAUUGAAGGCAGAGAAAUGAAGGAGGCGGCGGCCGUGGCGGUGGAGGAGGAGGAGGAGGAGGAGGAGGAGGAAGAGGAGGAGGAGGAGGAGGAGGUCGGAAAGCAGGAGUUGGUGGCGGCUGGGAUGAAGAUGGUGAUUUCAGCCUGGACCUGGGACCGUCUCGUUCCAACAGGGCUGGUAAAGGACGAGGGGGGGGCAGAGAUGGGGCGCGAGGGAGGGGAGUUGCCUGAUGGAAUCAGAGUGGAGACCAGCAACUUGCCCUUACAGAGAAUCUUCAUGACCAACGAGAACCAAGAGCAACUCAAGGAGCUACUGAUGGAGCUACAAAUGCAGGAAUUUGACGAAGCCGAUGACUCCUCGGACUACUCGGGGGUCGAUGAAAACGAGGAGGAAUUGGAUGAAUUGGAUCACCGACAGGAGGGCCAGUUUUGGGCCACUACUGAUGAGCCGGUGGAGAGAGCAGAAACCCCGGACUAUGACCCAGAGAUUGAUGACGAGCGUCCAACCCCUGAACCUGUCAUCUCUCUGUUCGCCAUAGGAAAACUCUCCCGGUAUGGAUUUGAUCGGGAGCGCAGCAAACGGGCGCUGGAGUCCGGCGGGGGAGAAUUCGGGGCCACUUUGGAGCAGCUCCUCCUCGAGGUUUUCAGCGAGCGCUACGGACAGGAAGCGGUUUCCCCUAAAAGCACCUUGGGGGUGCCGAUGGAUGAGUGCCUGAACCAGAGGCAGGAGGAAAUUCUGGCGCUUGAGGCCAUCUUUGGCGAUCGCUUCAACGAGCGCAUCGCCAACGCCGUCUGGACGGUGACCCUGGAUCUUCCCUUUCUCUCACAAAAUGCUGCCAAGAAUGCCGGAGAGGCCGGAGGUCGUAGCGGGGGAGGAGCCGCAAAGAAUCGGGACUUGUGCAGGUUAUACCUGAAAGAUCAACGCUGCCGGUUUGGAAACCGAUGCAGAUUCAAGCACGAACUCCCGGCUCCGUAUGAGGCCGGCUCCUCACAGCCCACCGGCCCCGGCCAGCCCGGCAUCUCCAGCUACUCUCCCCCCGAGUACGAACUGGAGAUGCGCUUCCCGAAAGGGAACCGUUAUCCUUUUCAGGCUCCGAUCGUGGCCUUCAGCACCAACGACGAGUCGGUGGGGGCCGCCGGGAGGCUCAUCGUCACCGAGAAGCUGUUUGGAGAAGCGCUGGCUGCAGCCAAGAGCAGCGAGCCCGUCGUCUACACCCUGAUCACGCUGUGCGAGGACGAGGUCUGGAUGAAGGAGCUCCUGGCUGUCGGCCAUCACAAAUUCAGCACGCCUCCGCCCGUACUGGCCCCUCCUCCUCCCCCGCGUCCGGUAACUCCGAAGAGUCGGAGCGGGAGGAGCAGCGUCCAGGCAGAGAGCAGGAGCAACGGCUCCAGCAGCAGGAAGGCCGCCGGCAGCCACAGAGCUGUAGACCUGAAACAGACGUUGGAGCCAGAGGAGCUGGAGGAGAGGGACGACGAACCAGAAGUCCAGGCGGUUCCUGUGGAGACCGAGAGCUACGUCAAUCUGAGGAAGAAAGCGGUGAAUAAGCACAACCACAAGAUGGACAAUGUCCUGCAGGAGAACGGCAAACUGUGCCGCGAGUUCAAGAGAAAACAGUCCUCAAGGCGCUUCAGAUCCAUGCUGGAGCAGAGGAGGAACCUGCCCGCAUGGCAAGAAAGAAACAACAUCCUAGAUGUGCUGGACCGCUGCCAGGUGCUGGUGGUCAGUGGGAUGACCGGGUGUGGGAAAACCACCCAGAUUCCGCAGUUCAUUCUGGACGCGUCUCUCGGCGGGCCGGCAACACAGGUGGCCAACAUCGUCUGCACGCAGCCUCGCCGCAUCUCCGCCAUCUCUGUGGCUCAGAGGGUGGCGCAGGAGCGCGCCGAGUGCCUGGGAAACUCUGUGGGCUACCAGAUCCGCCUGGAGACCGUCAGGACGGCGGCCACCAGGCUGCUGUACUGCACCACCGGCGUGCUGCUCAGGCGGCUGGAGGGCGAGGCCGACCUCAGGGGCAUCACGCACGUGAUAGUGGACGAGGUGCACGAGCGGACGGAGGAGAGCGACUUCCUGCUGUUGGUGCUGAAAGACUUGAUCGUUCAACGGCCCGACCUGAAGAUCAUCCUGAUGAGCGCCACUCUGAACGCCAACCUCUUCUCCGAGUAUUUCUACAACUGUCCCACCAUCCACAUCCCAGGACGCACUUUCCCCGUCGACCAGUUUUUCCUUGAAGACGCGAUCGCUAAAACCAAAUACGUCAUCGAGGACGGCAGCCCCUUCGCAAGAUCAGGGAAGCAGAAGCAGACUUCCGGCGGUGGAGGGAGGGGACCCAGAGGAGGCCACAGGGACGCGGUGGACGACCUGGGCGACGACGUUUGGAACUUCAUGUCUUUCCGUAAGGCGGACUUUGUGAAAGACUCCAUCCCCGACCAGCAGCUGGGCCUGGAGGAGCUCGCCAUUCGAUACAAAGACACCAAGAAGUCUGUGCUUAAGACCCUUGCUGCAAUGGAUCUGGACAAGAUCAAUAUGGACCUGGUUGAAAGUCUGCUGGAGUGGAUAGUGGAUGGAAAGCACAACUACCCCCCUGGAGCGGUGCUGGUGUUCCUGCCGGGCCUGGCUGAGAUCAAGAUGCUCUACGAGCAGCUGCAGUCCAACCGGAUGUUCAACAACCGGGGCGCGUCCAGGUGUGUGGUGUACCCGCUGCACUCCACCCUGUCCAACGAGGACCAGCAGGCCGUCUUCAGCCGCCCCCCCGAGGGCGUCACCAAGAUCAUCAUCUCCACCAACAUCGCCGAGACCUCCGUGACCAUCGACGACGUGGUGUACGUCGUAGACUCCGGAAAGAUGAAGGAGAAGAGGUACGACGCCUCCAAGAGCAUGGAGAGCCUGGAGGACUCGUGGGUUUCUCGGGCCAACGCGGUGCAGAGGAGGGGCCGGGCGGGCCGCGUGGCCUCGGGCGUCUGCUUCCACCUCUUCACCAGCCACUGCUUCCACCACCAGCUGGCCGAGCAGCAGCUGCCCGAGAUCCAGAGGGUCCCGCUGGAGCAGCUCUGCCUGCGCAUUAAGAUCCUGGACGUAUUCGCUGAGCAGCCUCUGGAGGGCGUCUUCUCCCGGCUGGUGGAGCCCCCGGCGGCGGGCAGCGUGGACGCCGCCCAGCAGCGGCUCCAGGACCUGGGCGCGCUGACGGCGGACGAGAAGCUGACCCCGCUGGGCUACCACCUGGCCUGCCUGCCCGUGGACGUGCGCAUCGGGAAGCUCAUGCUGUUCGGCGCCAUCUUCCGCUGCCUGGACCCGGCGCUCACCAUCGCCGCCAGCCUGGCCUUCAAAUCGCCAUUCGUGUCUCCGUGGGAUAAGCGAGAGGAAGCCAACGAGAAGAAAAAUGCCUUUGCGGUUGCCAACAGCGACCAUCUGGCCCUCCUGCAGGCCUACAAGGGAUGGUGCCAGGCGGCGAAGAGUGGCCACCAGUCCAGCUCCUCCUACUGCCGGCAGAACUUCCUGUCAUGGCGGGGCUUACAGGAGAUCGCCAGCCUGAAGAGGCAGUUCGCUGAGCUGCUUUCGGACAUCGGCUUCAUCCGGGAGGGGCUGCGGGCGCGGACCAUCGAGCGCAUGUCCUCAAAGGGCACGGACGGUGUUCUGGAGGCCACCGGCCCCGAGGCAAACCUCAACGCGGAGAACAUCCGGCUGAUGUCGGCCAUGCUGUGCGCGGCCCUCUACCCCAACGUGGUGCAGGUCUGCUCUCCGCAGGGCAACUACAAGAUGACCAGCAAAGGGACCAUGAAGAUGCAGCCCAAAGCCAACGAGCUCCGCUUCCUGACCAAGAGCGACGGCUGCGUCCACGUGCACCCCUCCUCCGUCAACUACACGGUGCGCCACUACGACAGCCCCUACCUGGUUUACCACGAGAAGGUCAACGUGGAGCUGCUCAAGGGCCAGUUCGUCAUCUCCCUGGACGACGGCUGGAUCCGAUUCGCCGCCGCCUCUCACCAGGUGGCUGAGCUGGUGAAGGAGCUCCGCUGGGAGCUGGACCAGCUCCUGGAGGAUAAAAUCAGGAGCCCCAGCAUGGACCUGUGCAGCUGCCCGCGCGGCUCCCGCAUCAUCCGGAUGAUCGUCCACCUCAUAACCACCCAGUAACCCCGCCCCCUAAAGGGCUCAAACACGCGUUUCCGCUCCACUGCCACCAGUGGAAACCCAUUAAACGAGUCCACGCCCUGAAGGACUGUCACACAAACCCACUUGUCUCUGCAUGAGUGGCUCCACUUUGCUCCAUGCAGGUGAUCAAAUCAGCUUUCAGAAAGCAGCAACACAACAGCUUUGGUUUUAAAGGCAGCCUCUCACUACGUGCUGUAAACGGCAUGCAAUUGAUGUCAGAUAUCCUUUUUGAGCACUUGUAUUUUGGUUGUGUGUCUCGCUCACAACUGAGAGCUUUCUUUGGGUCCAUAUUGGAUUUCUUAAACUCGAGCGGUGGUGUGUUGAUGGGCGUUUACGUGUAAAGCAUGACUGAGCGAUCCCAGAGCUUCUGCAUGAUAUUCAGUUGGUUUACGUUAGCUGAAUGUAUUUAAAAGUGAUGUCAGAGGUGAACUUUCACCAUUUGUGAAUGAAAGGGCUUUUGAAAUCGGUAGCAUUUUAGUGGAAGCUGCCAAAUAACUUUUGCUUGAGCUGUUGUCUGAACAACUUCCGAAUUCCUCUGCACUAAGAUAAAGAUUAAAGUGGUGAUGGCAGUCGGCUGGCUUUAAGUCCUUCUUUUUUAGCUCAAAACAGAUCUGUCGUGAUCAGUUUGUUGCAUUGGAUUCCUGCUUUAAUGAAAUAUGAUAUGAAAUCAACUAAAUUAGAAUUAAAGAUUUAAGCUUUAUUAAAGUCGUCACAGGAAAACGCUGUUUUUAAUAUUCUGUGACUAUUUUUGUUUAACUGAAAGCGAUAUGAUGUAAUACUUUUUUCUUUUCAUAAUGAAUCACUUUUUUUCUAUCUGACUGCACAUUUUUAGAGGAAAUAAAACAUUAAAUGGUAAAUAUGUGAACAGAAGCAGGAUCUUAUGUGGAUAAAAAAGCUGGAUGCUGAUGUAUAUUCAGGCCAGAAUUGGCGGGUGCUUUCAUUUCCGAGGUUAGCGGCUGGAAAAUGUCCAGAAAGACCGAUCUCAUUCAAGCUGAGGAAUGUCUGAUGGAUUCAACACUUUGCAGCGGAGGCCGCCUUCAUUUAGACGUUUCUGCUCUGUCUCUAAGACAACAGAACAUAAACAAACAGGCCUUUUCCCUCUGGACUCUGAAUGAAAAACCAGUGCCAAAGCCCUGAGCUGGUAAGAUCAUCUCACAUUUUCUUUCCCAAAUCUCCUUGAAACUAUAUGAUCUUCUGACAGGAGGGGGGAGGUGAUGAUUACAUAAUGUCUUUAUAUGUUUAAUUUCUAACAGAUGUGCAAAUUGGAUCAAAUCUGACUUUUUUCACGAUGGUAUUUAGAAGUAAUUCAGCUAAUUUAAGUCGGUCAAACAUAUAUUAGGCAAAGUAGCUUUGCAUUCUUUCCUUGCAGCCCAACAAAUCCAGGAUGUGGACAUCCUGCCAUGCAGAACCUCUACUACAUUUCCCACAAUGCAGCGCUGCUCACUGUUUGGAGUUCAGAGGCUUCUGGCGGCCCAAAACGACCAAAGAAGAAAGGAGGAGCGAAAAAGAAGUAAUAUAUUUAUGUAACUGAAUAUUUCUGAGACAUUGGCACCACCUGGUGGGUACAGUGUGUAAGACAGACUAAAUUUGAC